AUGGGGCUCACGCUCGGCCGGCGCCUCUGGCUGCUGCUCCUGCUGGCCGCCGCCUGCUCGGGGAUCCUCUUCGCCCUGUACUCCUCGACCGUGGGGCCGUACCCCGCGACCCCGGCCGGAGCCAGGGAUACAAUGACAUCGCAAGCAUUCUUUGGAUCCAACGCAUUGAAUUUCGGGACAAGAAAGAGCCGGCUGUGCCGCUGCCCACUUCACUUCGCGAUUCAGCGGCACCCCCACUUCCGGAGGCUGUUUAAUCUCUCUACCCCAGUGCUGCUGUGGGGGCGCCCCUUCACGCAGGAGCUCUGGGACAGCCUGAGCCAGCACAAAGCCCCAUAUGGCUGGCAGGGGCUCUCCCACCAAGCCAUUGCCUCUACUUUGAACCUUUUGAAUGGCUCGGAGAACGCAGAGCUGUUUGCGGCCUCCAAGGAGCUGCGUCCAGACUGCAUUAGGUGUGCCGUGGUGGGAAACGGGGGGAUACUGAAUGGUUCCCGCCAAGGUCCGAACAUCGAUGCCCAUGACUAUGUGUUCAGACUCAAUGGCGCCGUGAUCAAAGACUUUGAGGAUGAUGUGGGCACUAGGACCUCAUUCUAUGGCUUCACUGUGAACACGAUGAAGAACUCCCUCAUCUCCUACAGGAAGCUGGGCUUCACCUCCGUGCCACAAAGACAGGACCUUCACUAUAUCUUCAUCCCCUCAGACAUCCGGGACUAUGUGAUGCUGAGAUCAGCCAUUCUGGGUGUGCCUGUCCCGGAGGGCACUGAUAAAGGAGACAAGCCUCAGACCUAUUUUGGACCAGAAGCCUCUGCCAGUAAAUUCAAGCUGCUACAUCCAGACUUCAUCCGCUACCUGACAGAGAGGUUUUUGAAAUCAGAGUUGAUGAACACUAACUUUCGAGACUUAUAUAUGCCUAGUACUGGGGCCCUCAUGCUACUGACAGCUUUGCAUACCUGUGAUCAGGUUAGCGCCUACGGAUUCAUCACCAGGAACUACCGGAAAUUUUCUGACCACUACUUCGACCGAAUAAAGAAGCCACUGAUAUUCUAUGCAAACCACGACCUGCAUCUGGAAGCCGCCCUGUGGGGGGACCUGCACAAGGCCGGCAUCAUCUGGCUGUACCAGCGCUGAGCCCCAGCCCCCCAGUCCUUUGCUUCCCCCUGCAGAGCUGUGGCUCUCGGGCCUUUCUUUCAUCUUCUCAGCCUAAGGAAGGGGCUCCAACACCCAUGACCCUCCCCUUCUUCCCAACAAAGGACCUAAAAGGCGGAUUCACGAAGGUCGCGGAGGCCUGUUCCACGUGGGACACCUGAUCUUCUCCCCCGAGAUGGACAUCCCAACCUUGGCCAAGAAAAAUGAACCGCUUCCCACAGAACACUCCCAGAAGAGGGCAUUCCCACCAGCAGGGAGCAGUCUACCUUAGCUGAGCAUCUCAAAGCAGGCAGUUGGUAGUGAGCUACUUUAGGAACGUCAGUGAAGCGGCUCCGGGCAGAUCAACAGUACCAAGUACCUACCAGCAGUGCCAAGUACAAGUACCAAGUAUCUAAGAGUAAGACCAAGCAGCAGUACAGGCAAAUGCACACCUCCCAGCAAAAUCCUCCCGCUAGCCAAGUCAACAUUUCAAAUCUCACACAGAAACUCCCAAGUGAUUCUUCGACAACUCAAGUCUUUGAGAACAUGGUCAACUUAUUUCUGAUCUACGGGUAGGGGAAGCGCACUCCUUGCAUGAGAAAGUGGGAGAAAUGGAAUUUGGCAAAAUGUAAUUCACGACUAGAUUUAACUGCAUAAACGAUGAAAUAAAUGACCAUUUUGUCCUUGUGUUGGGGAUGUAGAGGAAGCAGUGUGUCUAGAAUUCAAGAACCAGGUGGGUUCUGGGUACUUGAAGAGGAUCAGUGCAUGGAAACCUGUCUGCCAGAAGAAAAUCCCACUCAAGGGGCAUUACCACCUUGUCACCUAAAGUAUGACAUUAGUGGAUGGUGAACCCUUGGCCUUAGGCAUCAAUAAAUUUGAGCUCAGGAAGUAAGGCAGUUUAAUAAUUUUAGACAGGUAGGUUUUCAGUCGAGGUUUUAGCUGUCUCACGCCACGAGUGUACACCAGGUCCUGGGAAUCCGUCCUGGUGACUGGUGGCUCUGGACACCUUGAGGGGCUACACCGUACAUUACUGCAGAAGGUCUGUCAGGCUAGUAGUAGGCAAGAGACCUCCCAAGACCCAGGAUCGGGCCUUGGAAGAGUGAUUUUAUUAGCACACUUAAAGGAUGAACUUGGUCACCAAAAUAAAAACACUGCUGCUUUAGGGAUUCAGAGAAAUUUGAUAAACACAAUGGACACUUGGGUUUUAAUUACUAGAGCAAGCUACUUGGGAAACAAACCAUGGCCCCCUGCUGCCUCCAGGGCAGGAAUCAGAUUAGAGGAACCUGUUGAUGCCUUCAAAGUCCCUGGGUGGUGCAAACAGUUAACAUGCUGGACUGCUAAGAUAACAAAAGGUGGGAGGUUCAAGUCCAUCCGGAGGUGCCUCGUAAGAAAGGCCUGAUGUUCUACUUCUCAAAAAUCAGCCUCUGAAAAUCCUAAGGAGCAGCUGUACUCUGACACACAUGGGGUCACCAUGAGACAGAGCUGACUCGGCAGCACUGGUAGACUUAAGGGUCACUGGCAUCAGGUCAGGGCCUCUCAGACCGGCUUUACUUGCCAACACCAACUUGUCCCUCUGUCUUGAAGCUGGCAGUGCCUAGUAUGUUCCUCUGGAUAAAAUAACCUGCUUUAAAAAAAGGCGA